AUGAACAGCUGGAGUUUCGACAAAUUAAAAAUGUUUCUUACGCGCUCGGAAUACGAUCGUGGUGUUAACACCUUCAGCCCUGAAGGAAGACUCUUCCAAGUGGAAUAUGCUAUAGAAGCUAUUAAGCUGGGGUCGACCGCGAUUGGAAUUUGUACUUCAGAGGGCGUAGUACUGGCCGUGGAGAAAAGAAUAACAUCGCCUCUAAUGGAACCGACUACAAUAGAAAAGAUCGUUGAAGUAGACCGACAUAUUGCUUGUGCUGUGUCUGGUCUUAUGGCUGAUUCCAGAACUCUUAUUGAACGAGCUCGUGUAGAAUGCCAGAACCACUGGUUUGUUUACAACGAGAGAAUGAGUGUGGAAUCAUGCGCACAGGCUGUCUCAAAUUUGGCUAUACAAUUCGGCGACAGUGAUGAUGACAGUGGUACAGCUAUGUCAAGGCCCUUCGGUGUUGCUGUUAUGUUUGCAGGUAUUGAUGAGAAGGGGCCCCAACUUUUCCACAUGGAUCCAAGUGGUACAUUUGUGCAGUAUGAUGCUAAAGCCAUCGGUUCUGGUAGUGAAGGUGCUCAGCAAAGUUUAAAGGAGGUGUAUCACAAGUCAAUGACCUUAAAAGAAGCUAUCAAAUCUGCUCUGACUAUCCUCAAGCAAGUUAUGGAGGAAAAAUUAUCUGAGAGCAAUGUAGAAGUGGUCACUAUGACACCAGGAUCUAUGUUCCACAUGUUUUCGAGGGAACAGCUGGCUGAGGUUAUUAAGGAUAUACCCUAA